AUCUCGAGGUAUUCUUGCGGGUACGGCUGGUUGUCCGCAAUCUCAGGUGCCGAGUCCAACUCCUCCAGAAUUCUCUAUAAAAGUCACCGAGAUGAAGAAUAAAGAAUCAAAGAUGGGUUCUCGUCAGUUUGUGUUCCUUGUCGGCACAAUGGUCGCCCGAGACCAAAUCUCGGAGUUAAGAAAGAGAGCUGUCUCCACGUACCCAUGUCUCGUCCGAGCAGCUCACGUCGCUCUCGUCCAGAAUGUUCCGGACCAAUCGCAUUCCAUCCACCAAAUUGGCAAAGAUACGGUGCCGGAACGUCUCUACUUCUCCCGAGGUGAAGGGAAUGCUAUUGAUCAGCCGUAUUUGCUGCUCGUCCCGAACCAACCCACGGCCAAUGAGCAUAGUAGCGCCGCCGCCCCAGAACGACAGAAUCACAUUCAGGGAGAUACAUCGAUGUCGAGUCCCGAAGAAGAGUGA